CAAUUGCACGCGCACAAGCUCCGAACCGUCGGCCCUCGGAUACCGACAUCGACCAUGGCUGAGAUACAUGGCAGCGACGCGCCGCUCGCGCACAUCCCCGACGACCUGACCAUCUCCCAGUUCAUACUCGACACACAACACCCUCUUCGCCCGGUCCCAAACCCGGAGCAGCCAUGGUUCAUAGACGAGACGACUGGCAGAGAGAUCAAACUGAAGGAGCUGCGCGCUCGGAUCUCGGGCCUGGCGAAUGCGAUGAAGGUUCGGUGGAACAUAGGAGAGGACGACGUCGUGUGCAUAUUCAGCCCCAAUCAUGUUGAUUAUGGUGCAGCAAUUUGGGCGACGCACCAGCUUGGCAGUAUUGUCACAACUGCGAAUCCUUCGUAUACCGCGGAAGAGGUCGCAUAUCAGUUAGAGGCCACGAAGGCUAAAUUGAUCAUCGUCCACCCGCUCAACCUCUCCGUGGCGCUAGAUGCCGCGCGCAUCGUCGGGUUGCCCGCAGGACGCGUUGUCCUCUUUGACCCGGUCCCUGGGUCUUCCCAGGCCAAUGUACAAGAUUUGGUUACCGAGGGAUUGAAGGGGCCUCUGCGGUUCACCGAGAGACGGCUGAAGCCGGGGGAAGCCAAGAAGAAGCUGGCCUUGUUCUGUUUCUCAAGCGGAACCACUGGUAAACCUAAGGCAGUGAUGAUAUCGCAUUACAGUAUAAUCGCCAAUAUGGUACAGGUUGCACAGUUCCUUAGACUCACCGACAAGACACUACCCCCAGAGCAACUGGCAUACAGGCCGGGAAGUGUAACACUAUCAGUCCUACCGUUCUUUCAUGUAUAUGGGCUACAUGUGAUCCUGUUUGGCAGCCUGUUCUUUGGGAGCACGAUCGUGGUAACACAGAAAUUUAACCUCGAGCAGAUGCUCAAGAGCAUCCAACGCUACCGCAUUACUCAUCUAUUCCUCGUUCCUCCCAUGGUUGUUUUACUGUGCAAGAGCCCCAUAGUGAAAAAUUACGACCUCAGCUCAGCAUACUUCCUUAUGGUAGGCGCUGCGCCGCUGAGCGCCGACCUCACGGAGCAGCUCGUCCGCAUCCUUCCUCACGCGCCCUUUAUCGGCCAAGGAUAUGGUAUGACCGAGCUGGCGACCAGCGUCGCGCAUCUCCGUCUAGACAUGAAGAUCGGCACACCAGGGAACUCGGGCAUGCUCCUGCCAGGGAUCGUCGCGCGGGUGGUCAAGCAGGACGGGACGCUUGCGGGAUACAAUGAGCUUGGGGAGCUGCUCCUCAAGAGCCCGUCCAUGUCACUCGGAUACCUCAACAACCCGACAGCAACCGCAGAAACAUUCACGGAUGGCUGGCUACACACCGGCGACGAAGUUAUGAUCAACGAGCAGAAGGAAGUCUUCGUUGUCGAUCGCAUCAAGGAGCUCAUCAAGGUACGCGGGUUCCAGGUCGCACCUGCCGAGCUCGAGGGGCACUUGCUCGAGCACGCCGACGUCGUGGACGCGUGCGUGGUCGGCAUCCCCGACCAGUAUUCUGGCGAGCUGCCGUACGCGUACGUCGUCCCGAGCCCCGACGCCCAGGCGCGCAUCGCACGGGGUCCCGCCGAGGAGGGGCAGGUUCGCACCGCGAUCCUCCAGCACGUCGCGGACCACAAGGUGUACUACAAGCGGCUCGCUGGCAUCGAGUUCCUGCCUGCGAUUCCGAAGAACCCGAGCGGGAAGCUGUUGCGGCGGGUUCUGCGCGAGCAGGCGAAGACUGACCUUGCGGCUGGCAAGCUGAAGCUCACACCGAAGCCGAAGUUGUAGGUUUAUUGGUAGUGAUACUCUAUCAUCAUUCUAGGAGGAUUUUCGGUAUAGAUGUCUGCUCUGAGUACAACUUGCAUAUACUUCUUUCAUCUA